AUGCUUCUUCUUCACACUAAUGAGGAUCUGGUAGGGAGCUUUAGUACGUAGAGACUCUAGUAGGAUUUUUUUCAAUUGAAGAAGAUCAAUUGUAGAUCAUGAUACUGUUUUACCGGUGAGAGGUAUAAAGUGAUUGAAAUUGGAACAAGAACUUCGUAUAAAUAGUUUGGCGAAUGGCUCCAAUCAGUCAGUAUUCGGUUAUUUGGCUGCUAGAUAAGUGAAACUAGCUAGUGCAGUAUUGCAUAUUACCUUGUUUCUUACAGGUUUUACUGUGCGUGAACAAAUGUGUAAAAAAGUGUACAGCAUAAUUGAAUCUACUCAAAACUAGUUUCAUAGUUGUGUGUGGAUAGUUCAGCAAUAGCUGAUAUUUGUGAUUUUUGGGAAGAAAACUAGUUUAAAAUACAAUAAACAUCAUAGAAAUGCUAAAAUUAAUAAAAUGUGCAAGUGUGCCAAAGCAUUGCUGCUAUUUUCUGUUGGUUUCUGUAAUUAUGAGAGUUAAGGCCGAGGCUCCAAUCAACUCAUACUUACCGCCCGCUCAUGGUCAUGGUCACGGUGGAGAAGGUGGGCAUCAUGACGAUCACCAUACGGAUUUAGUACCACCAUCGAGCAGCUAUGGAACUCCCGAUUCAAGUUACGGUCCCCCUCAUCAUCAGUCUGGGUUUCAUCCAGAUCAUCACGAGUACGAAGACCAUCACGAUCACCAUGAUAACCACGAUGAUAGCGGAUCCUUUGAAGAUGAACCGGCCAAGUAUGAGUUUAGCUACGAAGUCGAUGACGAAGAUGCUGAUCUGUCUUUCGGUCAUGAAGAAAUGCGUGAUGGAGACUACACCACUGGAAAAUAUAAUGUGUUACUUCCUGAUGGUCGUCGACAGAUUGUAGAGUACGAGGCAGAUCACAAGGGAUAUAGACCGAAGAUAACCUACGAAGGAGGAGAUGAACAUCCGCAUCAUCAUGAUCAUCCUCAUGAGCACGGACACGAGCAUGGACAUGAUGGGUACCCAAAGGAAACUCCACAUACACAACUUGGUUACCCUAGGGAAUCACAUCACGAUUUCGAGCAUAACGGUAUUGGACAUGGCUCGAAUGAGUACGACUCGCAUGGCCACGAUAAUGGACAUAGUCGAGCUGAUCACGGAAUUCACGACAGCCAUCGGGGCUAUGAUAGCAAUGCUCACGAGAACCAUGGAAACGGACAUGGUCAUGGACACGGGCACGGACAUAACGGUCACAACAGUCAUAAUGGGCAUCACCAUAACGGACAUAAUGGUCACCACCGCAGAAGAAGCAGCAAUAUUAACAACCACCAACACUCCUCGAAUCACCAUAACAGCAAUAAUCAUCGUCACAAUGGCUAUCACUAGAUCUAUGAAAGCCUAGAAUGCAUUGCGUGCAAAAUGCUUUGGUGAAACAGAAAAUACGGAUCAGAAAACGGAUUAAUGCAUUGGAAAUAACGUUUAAGAAUCGAAGAAUCGGAUAUGAUGUUUCGAAAACAUGAAUCACUCAGUUUCCGUUUCUUAUGCUUCACUUCGCUUGUCCCUGUAAUAGACACUGAGACAGUAUCAAGACACUGUACUAGACAAAUGAUUUGUAUUAUAUAGGUCAUUAACCAACGCUAAUGUAAUACGAACAGCAGCUAAUUUAUAAGCUUAUAAGCAUAUGCAAUACAUGCGUCCUCACAUAACGAAGGACUUAAAAGCAA